AUACGCCUUGUCGGUUAGCGAGCUGAAACUUUGUCUCGACUUUGCCCACUAACUAAACGUGUCAACGAGACAGCGGCUAACAAAAUGGCGAAUCGCACAGUAAAAGAUGCCCAUUCUGUGCGGGGAACGAAUCCUCAGUACCUGAUCGAGAAAAUCAUAAGAUCUCGUAUCUACGACUCGAGGUACUGGAAAGAAGAAUGCUUCGCGCUGACAGCCGAGCUUUUGGUCGACAAGGCAAUGGAACUCAAAUUUAUCGGCGGCGUCUACGGCGGCAACGUAAAGCCCACGCCUUUCCUUUGUCUGCUGCUCAAGAUGCUUCAGAUCCAACCAGAAAAGGACAUCGUUGUCGAGUUCAUCCGACAGGAGGACUUCAAGUACGUACGCGCCCUGGGAGCCAACUAUAUGCGGCUGGUGGGAAGUUCCUUAGACUGCUACAAGUAUCUAGAACCGCUGUACAACGACUACCGCAAGUUGAGGCGCCAAAACAGAGAUGGAACCUUUGCAAUAGUACACAUGGAUGAACUGAUCGACGAGCUGCUGAGGGAAGAACGAGCGGCUGACGUCAUUCUCCCGCGCAUCCAGAAGCGCCACGUCUUGGAGGAGACAAACGAACUGGACCCACGCAUCAGUGCUCUCGAAGAUGAUGUCGAUGAUGUGGACUCGGCAGAAGAGGAAGAAGACCCAAAGGUUCCGGCAGUACCACAGCCGAAAAAGGACGCCACCCAGAGACAUCGAUCAUCGCCAUCGCGACACAAGACCAGACCAUCGCAGCACGGCGUCAAGGAGCACCGGGAGAGGGAUAAGGACCUUAGAGACAAGGGGGUUAAAGAGCAUAGGGAUAGGGACUUUAGGGAAGUGCACGCUCCACACAGCAGGGACAGAGAUCCCCGAGAGAGGGAGCCCCGGGAUAUGCGGGACAGGGACCUGCGAGAGAGGGACUUUAGGGACAGGGAUAUGCGAGACAGGGACCUCAGGGACCGUGACUAUAGGGAUUAUAGGGACACGGACUACCGAGAGAAGGACUAUCGGGAGAAAGACUACAGGGAGAAGGAAAAGGACUAUAGGGACAGGGAUUACAGAGACCACCACACCCGAAGACACAAGGAGGAUCGGAAAACAGAAAAGCGAAAGUCCAACAAGUAGGCUCCUUGCAUGUGUCUGUAAAAAGAAUGACCCUUCAGCCACUCAUUCAUUGUCAUUUUCAAUAAACAUGUUCCUUCUAAUAAGA